AUGUUUAGUCUGAUGUCUGUUGUGUACGGAGUCCUGUUUCUCUUGAACUCCAUAGUUAUACUCGACGAAAAGAGAUUUCUGUCCAGAGUGGGCCUUCCCUUAUCUCCAGAAGCCAGAGGCAUCCUUGGCCCAAGCCGUAAGAAGGUUGUCGACUUGAUCAGAGCGAUCAAGACCGUAAUGAAGAUUCCUUUAAUAGUGUUGAAUAUAAUGUGUAUAACAUACGAGGUAUUUCUUGGAUAG